CGAUUGGAGGGUCGCGGUUGCGCGUUGCCGCCCAAUUCUCCAAACGAAUACAAAAUAGAAUCGGCCGAUUCGACACUCGGGGUGUGUACUACGGCCAAAAGUUAAAAUCCGAACCGGGUCCAAAUUGUGACUUAAAAGUCAUUAAGCACAAAAUUAAAUCGACCACGAGGUUAUCAUGUGAAAUCGGUGAUAAAUUGUUCGUUUAACAGCUCUCCCCAAGUUAGUAACAAAUGCCGAUUAUAAUUACAAAAUGCAGAACUAUUCACUAGUCAACAGAUUGACCUAGUAGGUGGCUAGUGCUGGUAUGAACAUGUUGCGUGAAAAUCAUAAUGUAAUGCCGAAUCCGUACCCCUACAAAAAAACUCUGCUGCUACUCCUUCUAUUUCUUACACAAAUCAUGAGAGUUUAUCCAGAACAGGACGAAGACAUACCUCAUAACGAGGUAAAAAAUUGGGCCUUACAAUUUGGUGUCGACUUAUGGGAAUAUGGUAAACUUAUGACACGUAUGAAUGAACUGCAAAGGAAAUAUCAUGAUGUUGAUAUGGAUGUUGUGAGAAAAGACGGACUAAUUCUAAUUAGAGAAAUGGCAACGGAAGUCAAAAAUAUGAUGGAUUUUAAAAUGAGCGCAGUCAUGAGGAUAAUGGAUUCUGCGGAGCAAGCAGCUUUGACUCCUCGAUCUGACAACGGUCAGCCAUUUCGUUUUUAUAAUGCUAAAAGAUUAAACGCUUUCGGAGACGAUGGAAGACCAGCUGGUGGUACACGAGAAAUGAUCCUUACACCAAAUCCGCAUUUUGAUCAUUUGCCAGUCAAUACAACGCUCAGUACGAUCUUAAUGCCCAAUGAUGUAGUAGAAGCUGAUGGAGACGUUAUGAAUGCUAUUCAAUGGUCGGAAAAUUUAGAUCCAUUAUUUAUAAACAAUUAUGAAGGAGACCCUUCACUGUCUUGGCAAUUUUUUGGUAGCUCAAGUGGUUUCUUAAGAAGAUAUCCAGGAAUUGCCUGGCCUCCAGACGAUACAAUUUCAACCGUCUGGCAGAGACCGAGGGCUAAUAGGAAUGUGUACGAUUUCCGCUCAUCCUCGUGGUACGUCAAUGCUGCCACUUCUCCCAAAGAUAUAGUAAUACUAGUAGACAAUUCUGGAUCUAUGACAGGGCAUAGGGCCAAUUUGGCCAGAGCCACUGCAGAAGCAAUUCUCGACACCUUGUCUGAUAACGAUUUUGUAAACAUAUACGCAUUUUCCGAUACCACGCAAGAAUCUGUGCCUUGUUUUAAGGAUCAAUUAGCUCAGGCCAAUAAUGAAAAUAUAAAAUAUCUCAAAGAUUCCCUUGGUACUUUGAAACCAGAAAACAUAGCCAAUUUCACGUCUGCAUUAGUAACUGCCUUUGAAAUCUUACAAAAGUACAACAGAUCGGGACAGGGUUGUCAAUGUAAUCAAGCGAUAAUGCUCAUCACCGAUGGUCCGCCGUCAACAUAUAAAGAAAUUUUCAAAAUGUAUAACUUUCCUCAUAGUCCAGUUCGAAUGUUUACAUAUCUCAUUGGUAGAGACUCGAGUAGUGCCACUCAAAUGCACUGGAUGGCUUGCGCGCACAAAGGAUAUUACGCAAGGAUAGAACACUAUGAGGAAAUAAAAGAAAAAGUGUUGCAUUAUAUCGAGGUAAUGGCUAGGCCGAUGGUAAUGUAUCAAAAUGACCAUCCAAUUUACUGGACGCCGGCAUACGUUGGAGGAAGGGCGGAUAGCUUUUCAGAUGAUAAACGUGGUCAGCUAAUGACAACUGUCACGACUCCAGUGUUUGAUCGAAGGAAUCAUUCUAUUCGAGUGGCAAACGUAUUGGGAGUCGUAGGAACAGAUGUUUCUAUUGAUCAAAUCAAAAAACUGGUGCCCUCAUAUAAAUUGGGAGUAAAUGGUUAUUCGUUUAUUGUGAGUAACAAUGGACAUGUGCUGUAUCAUCCAGAUCUAAGACCUCUAGAAGGCAAUGAUCUUUACGAAGAUACUCUAGAGCCAAAAUAUAUUUCUGCUGAUUUAACUGAAGUUGAAUUAGUUGAAAACGAAACUGGUCCAAGAGAAAAUCACACUCUUCUCUUAGAUCUUAGGCACGAUAUGAUAGAUCAAAAGGAAGGUGAAACUGAGAUCACUAUAAAAGUUCAUUAUGACAAUAUGAGACGAGUUACGACUAGGAGAAAUAAAUAUUUUUAUAAUCCCAUUGAGGGUACACCAUUUUCGUUGGGCCUAGCCAUUCCUGAAGGAUAUGGAAUGUAUGAGCUGCUUGCUGAACAAGAAAUAAAACACAGUCAGAAAAAUGUGAGCGAUUAUUUCAAAGGAAAUAAUUGGAGAGUGCAUCCUGACUGGGUUUACUGUGAAUAUACAAGUGGAACCUCAGGGGAGCAGUGGUUCAAGACAGCAGAAGAGAGAGUAUUGCACUUUCUUUUAAGAAGUCGUAGACCUGGUUGGAAGUGGAUGUCUUUAAGACCUAGAUCUCCAUUACAAAGAGAACAUCAUCACAUGUCUACAAAACAGGACAAGGACGCUUACUAUUGUGACAAGACUUUAAUCCAAUCAUUAGUUUUAGACGCAAUGGUGACUGAGGGAUUAGAAAAACAUCCUGUGCGUUCCGAUAAGCACCCUAUUGGCAACCUUAUGGUACAGUGGUAUGGUACAAGCCAAGGCUAUCAAAUAUUUGGAUCGACAUUGUCAUUCGUUGCAACAAGAAGCGGUCUGUUGCGGUGGACAAAUUUGACGGAAAUCAAAUCGAAUGAACCGCAUUUCAGUGAAAACAACGUUCGAGCAAUGGACGAAACUUGGUACAAAAGAGCCGUCGACCAACACUCCAUUGAACCAGAGAGUUUCGUAUUUUCCGUGCCGUUUGACAUUGGAGCAUACGGAAAGCCGCUGAUAACGGCGACUCAUGCCGUUUUUGUUGAACACAAAGGCCAUAGAGCUCCGGCAGCAGUUGUCGGUUUACAGUAUCAACAUGCUACACUGGCGGCGCAUUUUUUCAAUAAUAUCACAUCAAAGUGCACAGGAUCGACGACUUGCAAAAAAACAUGCGCGAGUGACAAAUUAGAUUGUUACAUACUCGACAACAAUGGUUUCAUAAUUAUUUCUGAAAACAACGAGGAUACCGGGCGAUUUUUUGGCCAAAUUGAUGGCACUAUUAUGGAUUCUUUGGUACAAGAUAGGAUUUAUGUGAAAGUGCCAGUAUAUGACUACCAAGGAGCCUGUUCAAAUAGCAAAUUCCACUUCAGUGGAGGUUCCAACAAAAUCUCGGUUGUUGAUCCUGCAAAAAUCGUAUUGAAUUUACUAUAUCAAACCAUCUUGGCUGUGCUGACUAAAUUCAAAGAAGUGUAUGGGACUGCUGUGGCUUACAGUCGAGAUGAAGAUGAUUUAUUGGAUGUAUAUUCCGAUUACGACAUAGAGCAAUACCCGACAGGUGACGACAUUGCGGAAGAACAAGAUUCCGUCCUAUCUUCACCGUCGAAUACUUAUUCCCCCUCGUUUAUCCCGCCUUACGAAUCUGAUCCCAUGGAAGGAGUAGACGUUGGUCAAUUUGGAAUCAGACCUUGUGAUCGUAAAGUAGACUUGUAUGUUUUACAGCCGGACAAGUUGAACACUAGCGGUCAAGGAAAUCCUUUGAAGGGCAAGCUCACUAAUUGUCAUAGCAGCGGUUGUGAAAGGCCGUUUAGUGUACAGAAGAUACCCCACAGCAAUUUAAUUCUUCUUGUGGUGGAUACCGUAUGUUCGUGUGGUAGCAAACAAUUGAGUAUUGUUCCUCAGGAAGUUAAUUAUGAAUCCAAAAAUGGGGGCUGUGUACAUAAACCGAAAGAUAGUUUGUAUAGAAAAAGACCUCCAAAAUGCAUCAACUACCACCCUGAGGAAAUAGAAAUUCAUCUUUGCGGAGGGACACCAGAACUGCAUGUAAAUUAUAUCGUUUUAUUGUUAGGUUUUGUCAAUUGCCUUGUCGCUUUCAUAUCGUGAUUGAAUGCGUAUUGAAUUAGAUUUUAAAAGAAGAAAAUCUCAAUCUUAAGACCAUGUUGGCAUUAUGUAAUAACUGCAUUGAUCUCUACAGUUAGAUAAAUUGUAACGUACUAUUUAUUUGCAAAUAGAUAAAGUAGGUAAUGUUUUUUAUAUUGACAAAGUAUGAAACUAGUUAAAUUUUGAAUAUAAUUUAUGAGAUAUAGGAGUAAUUUUGGGUGUUUUGUACAUAUCAAACAUUCUAGUCAAUGAUUUUUUUUUUAAUUAAAACAAGUGUCGAUCUUUUCAAAUAAUAAUAUGUAUUUCAAAAUGCGUUCUCUAUUGACGAACGGUCUUAGUGAUGUAUAAAAACCGAACACCAUCAUAAUCAUUAUCAUCAUAAUGUUAUCAAAUCAUUUUUGAAUUUUACAUAUCGAAGUUUGCAAAUAAAAAAUAAUGAAAAGCAAAAUAAAAUUGUGUACUAUUAUAUUCAUCGAUUCGUACUACAGACAAUAAUGUAAAUGGCAUUCUUUAAAUAUAUAAACUAUACAUAUUUCUAUAGGUAUAAAUGUGUUUUACCCACACAUAAAUAUAUCUAAGCAAAGCUGUGCCGAGCACUACCAAAAGUGUUCGCGGUCAAGCCAUUUUUGAAAAUUGAUUAAUUGAGAAUAUAACUUAAUCUAAGAAAACAAUACAGUAAAAAAACUGUGCCAAGCAUAUAUUUUUUCUCCUAGAUAAAAAAAAUAAUAAAACAGUUCAAUAAAAAAAAGAAUAUAGAUAGUAACUGCCCACGAAAACAGUAUUAUUUCAUUUUUAGUGAUCUCUCUAAAAUAUUUUAAAAUUUUAAUUAUGGUUUAUUAAUGAAAGCUUAGGUAUACGAGCUUGCAAGCUUUAUUGAGUGCUCGCAACCAGUUUUUACAGCACUAAGCACCGAUUUAAAAAAGUACUUGUAGGCACAGUGCUCGGCAGAGCUCUGUAUCUAAAACAGGCGGCGACUGACUUGUAACAAAAUGUUGUAAUGUAAUGUAUUCUAAGAAUAUCAUUCGAUAGUAUCGGAAAACGGACGGCUCAAGUUGAGCCAUUAUUCUCUAAGUACUGGACUGUCGGUUUUUUUACGAAUAUUUGUUUGUUAUAUUACAAGUCAGUCACCUCCGAACUGACUGUGUAAUAUGGAGCACUGUUUAACAGAUAAAUUGAAAUGAGCAUUCGCCGUUGUGUAAUCACGACUUUUCUCUAAUGCUCGCGACAAGUAUUACGUUAUGCUCAUUUACAUUGCUCGGUUCAAUAGUGCUUCAUACGCGUGAAUACUUGCAGUUUGCACUGACUUGUAAAGGCGGAGACUGACUUGAACUAAGCUUUGUAAUCUCAUGCUGGUGUUUCUUUUAAACAAAAAGUCAAUACAAAAUAUAAUACAGGUAUUAACUGCUCACAAAAAAGUUUAUUUUUAGUGAUAUUUCAAAAAAAAAUUAAUUUUUAAUUAUAAUUUAGUAUUGUAAGGUUAUACGAGUUUGUAUGCUUUGUUGAGUACUUGCAACCACUUUUACUGAGCACUAAGCACCAAUUUAAAAAAGUGCUCAUUAGUACAGUGUUCCGCAGAGCCUUGUAUCUAAAAAAGACGGCAACCAAAACGGCGACUAACUUGUAACACGAAGUUGUAAUGUAACACGAGCAUUUGAUGUUGAAAUCAAUAAUUUUGUAAUGUAACUCGCCAAGAGUUGAACAGUUUUGUAAUGUAAUUACAUUACAACAUUUGUAAUAGCACGGCGAAUGCUCAUUUAGAUUACUCGGUUCAACAGUGCUCCAUAGGUGUAGAUACUUCAGUUUAUAGUCUAUAGUACCGGGUGUCCCAUUAUAUUUUCCAACAUUU